AUCAUGCACAACGUAAAAUUAACAAAAUUCCGUCGUAGAAUCGUAGAGUACGCGUCGGAAUCACACAAGACGCGUAGGCCGCUCUCGUCACCAAGCCUUUCUAACGCGUCUUCCCAAGCCGCGUCGUGAAUUGUAAACUCUCUAGUAACUAAUAAUCAUUCAAUAUCUUUCAUAGUUGGAUUUUCUUGAAUGGGAUUUAAUUUCCAAACGUAUUUUCCUUGAAAUUCCCAAACGUAUUUACCUCUGGUGCAUGGCAAACCUAUCUUUCAUCAUGCUUUUACGAUCGUUGCCAACUGUAAUUUGUAAAAAUCCCGAGUCAGCUUCCAAAUACAUUACCAGCAGACAAUUUAUAAAAAAUCUUGGAAGCUCCCGAAAUAUCCCGAGACUUCAUAAAAAAUCCCGGUUACUGUCACAUGAUGUCAAGUUAUCGUGAUUCGUAGAUAAUUAUCACGACCCACGAUUGGUGACUGAUAUGUAUGGUGAAAUUUCGUUUGAAUAAAGCCUAGUAAUUCCUUUUUUUAUGAUCAUGAUGUUCAAUACUCCGCGUGGCAUGAGCAACUUUAUAUAACUGUUGCCUGAUAAUGCUAAUAAGGUAUAAUUAUUUUUCAUAAUUACGAAUUACAAUUAGUUCGCAAUUUAAUUAAUGCCUUUUCACUGUAUAUUAUGCAAAUCGCGAAAAAAUAAAGCUAUUUUCGUCAUCAUUGACACAUUAGUGUAUUGUGGCUAUGUCAGAUCCACUUUAUUAGUCACAAGCUUCGCGUAUGCAAACACCUCUUGGCGAGAAAAUGGCGAUUCAUUUUGGGUUAAAAAGUUUCCCUUCAUUAUUCCUGGUUUAUUUCGUGGUAUCUGCGCAAAAGGUUGGACAAGCUUAUAGACGCCAUGCAUUUUCUGGUAAUUUAUCUGCUUGCUCGAAAGCAAAAGAAGGAAACCACACGUUGUAUCGGAAGGUUUCCGGUGACGGCGGAGUCGCGAUCUGUCUGAAGAACAAUGGUCAAUAUCAAUGGAAAUUUAUGGAUGGCACUUCAACACUCGGAGAGAGGUUCGAUCCCGCAAAAGAUUGCUCAGAUAUAGUGGACAAUCUCCCCGAUGCGAAAGACGGAUUUUUUUGGAUAAAACGUGCAGAGGGACAGGUUUCGAAGGGGUAUUGUGACACGCAUACCGACGACGGAGGUUAUUUGCUGAUCGGUAUGAAAGAUAGUCCAGUCACCUGGAACGUAUCAACAAAUCAGAGUCCAGUCCAUCCAACCCGAUAUCCUCAUUGGUCCAGCAAUUUUGGUGACGUAAAGGUACAAGAUUUUGCUAUUCAGAUUUCAACCACAAAGAAUUUCGAAGACACGAAAGCUCAUUGGUCGUACAGAUUGAAGGAGAGUCGUCCUCUUGGUAAUCUGUUUGGAAUUGGAAGUGGUGGUUGCACCGAUUUUCAUUCCGGGAUUGGAAACGUCUCUUAUGUCAAAGAUAUUCUCACAGAUACUGUUGUCACAAAGAGAUUCAAUUGUUCAAAAUUUGGAACGGAUGUUAUUUUUGGUUGGCAAAGGAUGAAUUACUGUUUAAGAAAUCAAUGUCCAAAUGGUUAUGCAUAUAUAAAGGAAUUAGUGAAUUUCAAACUUGAUAGUCAUGGAUCUUUCAGUUACAGUGCAAGUUCAGAGUUUUCAGGCAUUACCCACCAUUCUACAGCCUUCGUUGGUUGCGACUCUCACAAGUGUUGCGCGUGCUUUGGUCCCAAAGGUGGAAGGGGUCAUUAUUGCGGCAGGAAAUGUGAAGUUAUAAAUGAAGGAACGCUUCUGACAGGUCAGGUUUACGUCUGGUAUUGGAUUAGAACACGAAUGCCCAAACGGUUAUGGAAAAGAUGUAUGGAGUUCAAGAAAAAGACGCCAGCUGGAAAAUAUGAAACGUAUCAUAUUGACAGAAUUACCAAUACUGCCCGUAAGGGAAAAUGUUCUGGGCACUUUGGCACAUUCUUGAAUGAAGGUACCCUUUUGGUGAAUGACAGAGAAAGCCUGAAAAAUCUCCCGGCAAUACCAGGGCUGAUCUCAUUUCGAAAAGACAACAAAAAACUCUAUGUGAACAAAGAAAAUGAAUGGAGUGAAAUUGGAGAUGCGAAAGUGACCGAGAAUUUAACAGCUCAAGUUAGGGAUCUUCAAAAGAAAUUUGAAAACAAAAAUUUCUUGCAAGAAAUAAAAACGAAGAAACUGGAGGCUAGGCUACGAACUCUUGACGCCAAGCUAAAAAAGAUUGAAAAUGAGACAGAAACUUUUUUUGGGGAUUGA